AUGGCCGAAAAACGCUCGGCUCUAUCAUCCUCUUCAAGGAUCUCUGCUGAAGACGAACCUGCCCAUAAAAAACAAGCCAUCCAACAUUCUUCUGAAAAACCCUCUCCUAAACCUCUCCCAUUAACAACAAAAACAAAAGCAACAAAAACAACAAAAACAACAAAAACAACAAAAACAACAAACUCUACAAACAAUAUCCACCCUCCUAAACUUCCAAAAGAUAUCCUUGAAGGGAAAUUAACCCCUCGUGCUAUCAAACUCUUUAAAAAGGAAGCUCUCUGUCGCGCUCUUAACUCUUACCGUCGUUCAGCCCAACUCUUUGAAUCCCAAGCAAACCAUGCAAACUCUCAACUUAACAUCCUUCAACGCGUCUUUUCUCUUCAGGAAUCUUGGUGGUCAAACUUUACAGACCAAAUUGCUGUUGCGAUUGCAAAUAAAUCUUCAUUUCCAGCUCCAAGUACUGCCACUGCUGAUCUCUUUUUAAUAUCUUCAAAAAUAUCACACGACAAAGAAGGAAAGGAAGAAAAUGAAGAUGAAGAUGAAGAUGAAGAAGAAGAAGAAAAUGAAGAAGAUAAGAAAACUCAACUUGAAAAAGAUUAUGAAGCAAAAUCUCAAGCCCUUUUGUUAAAAAUUAAAGAUCUUCUUAAUUGGGAUGGUAUUGUUUCACCAGAAAAUGAUGCCAAACAAGAACUAGCAAAAGGGAUUAACAAACUACACACUUUUGAAGCUGAAUAUAACGUUUUAAAAGCUCAAACCAUUCAAAUGCAACAACAACUUACAGACAUGACAUCGAAAUAUCUUGAAGCUAAACGUUCAAUCGCCCGUUUAGAAUCCCCUAUAACAAUGGCUCUGUUUGGUCAAUCAAAUACUCAAAAUGAAGAGAAAUUACAAAGCCCUCCAAUACAAGAUCCACAACAACAACAAAAUCAAAAUCAAAACCAACAACAGCAUCAACAGCAUCAACAGCAUCAACAGCAUCAACAGCAACAGCAACAACAACAACAUCCACAACAUCCACAGCAGCAGCAGCAGCAGCAGCAGCAGCAGCAGCAACAACAACAACAACAACAACAACAACAACAACAACAACAGUCAUCACCUUCUCAACAAUCAGAUUCAGGCUUACAAGCUGUCAUUGAUAAACAAAUAGAACAACUUAAAGAACAAGAUCGCAUCAUUGCAUCACUCAACGAAUCAAUCAGAAAUACUACAAACAGACUAGCUCACCUUUCAGAUCAAGACCUCCAACAUUCCUACCUAUACCGCAACCUGCGGCGUAAAAAUGACGACCUUUUAUACCAACUAGACAAACUGGAAGCCCUCACUGCUCAGUAUCACCGUGAAAAGUCUGCCUUGGUUGCCGAACGUGUAGCUUUCCAAGAUCGUGUCCGUAGAGAUGCAGAUGCUCGCAUAGAAGACCUUCAAGCAAGACUUAACAUGGCUGAAGCUGAUGUAACUCGCAUUCGUGCAGUCCGAGAUGAUAUUCUUGGUAAUCUUAAUAUUAAAAAGGCUCAAGAAUCUGAAAGAUUAAAGUCUUUGGACCAUUUUAAGGAGCUUUUGGAAAUUCGUGAUAAACGAAUAAAAUCUUUAGAACAAGAAGUCACUAGAAUUAAAAGUGAAGAUAUCCCACAAACUAGUUCCAACCAGUCUUUAGAGGAUCUUGAAAAACUUGUGGCUAAACUUCAACAACAAAAUACUAGUUUAGUUGAAGAACUCCCUGAAUUAGAAGCUGCAUUUAAUCAAGCUCAUCAAAAGGCAACUGCAAAGAUUAUGGAUUUUGCCGAACGUGAAGCCAAAAUGCAUAAACUUGUUGCCGAAAAGGCCAAGGCUGAUGAAAAAUACUUUUCAGCCAUGCGUUCUAAAGAUCAAUUGAAUGCAGAAUACCAGAAAACAAAGUCACAACUUAAACGAAAUGCUGAGUGGGUUCAACAACUUAAAGAAUCUGAUGAGAAAAAUAUGCACCAAGUUGGCGUUUUGGAGCAUCGGGUGGAAGAGCUUCAAAAUAAAGUACAACAAUUGGAUGCUGAUAAGGCCUUUUUAGCUUCCAAAGUUGGUGAUUAUGAGCGUCGUGUUGAAUCUCUUCAUAGUCUUGUAGAGAAACUUAAGGGAGAUCUUAAAGCUUGUGAUAAAACUAUUGCAAGUCAAGCAGAGUCACGGCGGAAUACAGAGACUGAACUUGUUAGGAUCAAAAAGCAACUUGAGAUUGCAAGUAUGGUUAAUGGUAAUAAUACCAAUUCAUUAUCCACAGAUCUUGCUUCAUUACAAGUUCAAGAACUUCGUACAAUGGCUAUUUGUUCUGUAUGUUCUAAGAACUGGAAAGAUACUGCCAUUAAAGUGUGUGGACAUGUUUUCUGUCAUGAUUGUGCAACAGAGCGGUUACAUGCUCGGUUGCGUAAAUGUCCUUUGUGUAACAAGCAGUUUUCGCACAGCGAUUUGCUACCGGUUCAUUUGUGA